CACCCAGCGGCGCACGAUGACGUCUCGUGUUCGGGCGCGUAUUUUGUGUGUGAAGUUGUUUCGGGCGGAAACAAACGGAUUUAUUUCUAAAUAAAACAGUUUUCUGACUCUUUGUGGCUGAAGCAGCGGCGGGACAGCAUGUCCUCAGCGGGGACAUGGACUGGGACAAGCUGGAGCUCAACCCGAGGAUCAUAGCGGCUGUGAGGAGAGUUAAGCUGAAGUCUCUCAGAGAGGUGUUGUGUGUUUCUGGUCCCGACCUGCAGAGACUCACCGGUCUGUCCCGCUCAGAUGUCCAGCAACUGCUCAGCGUGGCCGCCACCGCCUACAGACGCCACCCCCCAUGCCCAGCCCUCCUGCUCCACCAUGGAGAGAGUCGUAGGUUCGAUUCAGGCCUCAGACUCAGUGUGGGGUGUGCCGUUUUGGACGAGCUGCUGAGGGGGGGUCUACCUGUGGGGGGGGUCACUGAGCUGUCAGGAGAGAGCGGAGCGGGAAAGACUCAGUUGGCUCUGCAGCUCUGUCUGUCUGUACAGUACCCAACACAGUACAGAGGACUGAACUCAGGAGCCGUGUUUAUCUGCACUGAGGACUCGUUUCCCAUCAGACGUCUGCAGCAGCUGAUCAGAGAUCAAUCCUGUCUGCGCUCUGACGUCCCUCCAUCUCUGAUCAGCAGCCUGCAGUUCAGUGACCACGUCUACAUCGAGCACGCCGCUGACCUGGACUCCCUGCAGGAGUGUCUCUCCCGUCGUGUCCCCCUGCUGCUGGCUCGCGGUGUUGUGCGUCUCCUGGUCGUGGACUCGGUGGCGGCUCUCUUCAGGUCUGAGUUCCAGGCUGCUGAUUGGCUGGAGAGGAACAAACAGCUGCUCACCUUUUCCUCUAAACUGCACCACCUGAGUAUGGAGUUCAGCACACCUGUGCUCUGCAUCAACCAGGUGAAGGAUGUUUUCAGCAGCUCAGACAACAUUUUAGGCCCUCUGUCCUCCAGCAUGUGCCCGGCGCUCGGGUUGGCCUGGGCCAAUCAGGUGAUGGUUCGGCUGAUGAUGCGUCGUAUCCAGGGUACGGUUGCCCGUGGCGACCAGACCAGCGCCCUCCGCAGGCUGGAGGUGGUGUUCGCUCCUCAUCUGCCCCGAGACGGACGAGACGCCGCCGUGUGGAAGGAGGGCGUACGGGGAGUGACGAGCAGAUAAACUGUAAACAAAUAUAAAUAAAACCUGCAGAUGUGUAUAA